UUCAAACGAAAUUUCAGGAACUUUAAAACCUCAAUUAGCACUUGGUAUAAGUUUAUUAAAUGGAGCAAUAGAACUUAAAGCGGGGAUUCAGAUUGAAAAUACUUUAGAUGUAAAUCUUUCUAUUGGUAAUGGAACCGAAUGUAAAAAAAUUGAUCAAUUGAGCGUGAAUAAUACAUUAAGUGGGAACGUAGGAUUUUUUGUUGAGAGUUUUGAAGCACCUGUUUUUAAAUUUCCUACUUUUAAAUUAG